CUCCGUUGUGCCUUGUUUCUUCAUCAUGUCGCUGGUUGGUGGACACUAUGUGAAGAAGUUUGCGGGUAAGAUUUCGGACAACAUCAAUGCGGCGACGUCCAUUGCGUCGUCCAGUUUGUCGCAUCUCAUGCUUGUGCACGCCUUCAAUGCCAAUGACCGCUUGGAGAAGCGCUUUGCGACGUAUCUGGCUGGUGCAAGAAUGGAUGCGCUGAAGAAGGCCGCCACGCAUGCCUGGCAGUUGGGUUUCUUGUAUUUCAUUGCGUAUUCCGCCAACGCGCUUGCUUUCUGGGAGGGUGCGCAGAUGAUUGCUGGGUCUGUGGCCGGGGAUGGCGGCGUGUCUGUUGGUUCCGUUUACACGGUUAUUUUCGUGUUGAUCGAUGCCUCGUUCAUUCUGUCUCAGGUCGCGCCGUUCAUUCACGUUUUCGCUUCUGCGGCUGGUGCGUCGGAGCGUCUGCUGGCUGUUAUCAACCGGCCGUCCUGCAUUGACGCGACCUCCGAUGAGGGAGAUAAGUCCGCUGGCUUCCGCGAUGAGGACAUCGUCUUCGACAACGUUCACUUCACCUACCCCUCGCGGCCAGAUGUCCCCGUCCUGCAGGGCGUCAAUUUCGUCAUUCCCCCUCGCAAGCACACUGCCAUUGUUGGUCCGUCUGGUGGAGGCAAGUCCACCGUCGUGGCCCUUCUGGAACGUUUCUACGACCCCAAGUCCGGCAACGUGAUGAUCGGAGACACCAACUUCCGCGACCUGAACGUGCGCUACCUGCGCGGCAACAUUGGUUUCGUGCAGCAGGAACCCUCCCUGCUCGAUCGGUCUAUCCUCGAAAACAUCGCAUAUGGUAUGGUCGCCUCCGCCAACGAGGCGCACCAGCCCCUGGCCCAGUACAUCUACGACUCGACCCUCCCUGAGCUGACCGACAAGAUCUGCUCUGGUAUGUCCGAAGAAGAAGCCCUGACCAGCUUUCCUGCUGAAGUUGCCGACAUUGUUGCCCGCGUCAAGCAGGCUGCCAGUGAUGCCAACGCCAUGAACUUCAUCGCCGGUCUUCCGUACGGUCUUGCGACUGGCGUCGGUUCUGCGGGUAACCAGCUUUCCGGUGGACAGAAGCAGCGUAUCGCCUUGGCACGAGCUCUCGUUCGUGAGCCUUGCUUGCUUGUUCUCGAUGAAGCUACGGCAGCGCUUGACUCGACUUCUGAGAAAUUGAUCCAGCAGGCGCUUGCGAAGGUUUCGGAGAGUCUUACUACGGUUUCGAUUGCGCAUCGGUUGGCGACUGCCAAGGACGCGCAUAAGAUUGUUGUCGUGCAGACUGGUCGUGUUACUGAGGAAGGAUCGCACGCUGAGCUUGUCGCCAAGGGUGGUGUCUACGCUGAGAUGGUUCGCUUGCAGAACCUGGGCAAGCUGAGCGCUGAGGAUGCCGCCAUCCCGCAGGACAUGAUCGGAAAGGCCGGACCUGCCAACACCAACACCGUGGAUGAGAAGAAGGAAGCUGGUGUCAGUGACACUGAAAUCAGCGAGACUCCUCCUGCCUCCAAGUCCGCCGAUGUCCCUGCCCCAGAAAAGGAAAGCAAAUGGAAGAUCUGGAAAAAGAAGGACGACGAAGAAGACAAAGACCUCAAGGCCAAGACCAAACGCUCCGGCUGGUUCACUACCAAGUACAUCUGCUCCCUUCUCCGCCCCAACAUGAUGUUCAUCAUCGCCGGCCUGUGCAUGUCCGCCAUCAUCGGUGGCAGCUACUCUGCCGAAGCCGUCAUCUUCGGUCAAACCGUCGGCGCCCUGAGCCCGUGCCUCUCGCCCGCGAGCAUCAGCUCCAGCGGAAACCUGUUCGGUCUGUUGUUCUUCAUCAUGGCGCUGGUCGAGAUGUUUGCCAACGUCGCUGGUGGAUGUGCGUUUGGCUGGGCUGCGGAUAAGGUUCUCUAUCGGAUUCGGGUGCUUUCGUUGCGGUCGCUGUUGAAUCAGACUAUCGAGUGGCAUCAUAGUGAGGGUCGGUCACCGGGGACGCUGCUCACGUAUAUUACAGGUGACGCGUCGGCGCUGAGUGGGAUUACGGGUACGACAAUUGGAUUGCUGCUGGCGACUGCUGUUAACUUGAUUGCUGGUCUGGUGAUUUCGCUUGCCAUUGCCUGGAAGAUCACCGUCGUUCUGCUCCCAACUAUCCCCGUGCUGCUGGUCGCUGGUAUGAUGAAGCUGCGCGUGCAGGCCAAGUUCGCAGAGCGUCACCAGAAGGCCUUUGCCAAUGCGACUGCCAUCACCGUCGAAGCCGUCGACAACAUCCGCGCCGUGGCUGCCUUCUCCCUCGAGAAGCAGUCGUACGCCGUGUUCGGCCGCGCACUGAUCAAGCCCUACCACGCGACCAUGAAGGCCAUCGCAUGGGGAAAUGUCUGGCUCGCGGCCGCGUUCAGUAUCAGUAACCUUGUGUACGCGCUGGCAUACUGGUGGGGAUCGCGGCAGAUCGCAGCGGGUCUAUACACGCAGACGGAAUUCUUUACCGUCCUCCCAGCCCUGCUCUUUAGUACCCAGUCCUGCGGACAAAUGUUCGCCCUGGCACCCGAUAUCUCCAAGGCCCGCGUGGCAUCCAGCAACAUCGUCGAGCUGCUCACCACUCGCUCCGCCGAAGAAGAAAUCUCCCCCGGCUCAACCGCCAACGUCCAACCCUCCAGCCGACUCCUCGACGAGAAACUCCCCGACGUCGAAGCCAACGAAAAAGCCGCCUCCACCACAACCUCCUCCUCUCCCCCCUCCUCCCCCGGAGACAGCACCGGCCUCCUCAUCCCUCCGGAGAACGGCAUCGGCGCCCAACUCCGCAACGUCCACUUCACCUACCCCUCUCGCCCGGAACGUCCUAUCCUCCGCGGUCUGAACAUCGACAUCCAACCGGGUCAAUUCUGCGCGCUCGUCGGACCCUCGGGAUCCGGUAAAUCCACCACCUUUGCCAUGCUCGAGCGCUUCUACCGCCCGGCCCAAGGUGCCGUGGUUAUCGACGGGACAGACAUCACCCGGCAACUGGGCACAAGCUUCCGCGAUGAUAUCGCCCUCGUCCCGCAGGAGAACGUCAUGUUCGAAGGCAGCGUCGCGUUCAACAUCGGUCUCGGCGCGAAACCAAACCACGAACCCAGCCAAGCGGAGAUCGAAACCGCGUGCAAAAUGGCCAACAUCCACGAUGUCAUCACAUCCCUCCCGCAAGGGUACGAUACCCUGUGCAGCCACGACGGAAAGCAAUUCUCGGGUGGCCAGCGGCAACGCUUGUCCAUUGCUCGCGCGCUUGUCCGGAAACCCCGGAUGUUGCUGUUGGACGAGUCUACUAGCGCUCUCGAUGUGGAAUCCGAAAAGCGCAUUCAAGAAGCACUGGCUACAUUAGCCGGCCGGACAACAGUCGUCGCGAUCGCGCAUCGGUUGAACACGAUUCAUCGGGCGGAUUGCAUUUUCCUUAUUGAGGAUGGUGUUUGUGUGGAGCAGGGGACGCAUACGGAGUUGAUUCAACGGAGUGAGACGUAUCGCACGAGUGUGAUUCAUCAAUCGUUGGAGACUUAAAAAAACACUCCGUAGUGCGAAACACGGAGGAGUGUGAGUACGGAGAAUUACUGGUCCGUACCUUGGAAUAUAUUAAAUAGUUUUGUUAUUGUCUCUUUAUUAUAGAGCAUUAUUGGCGUUUGGGAAUUGAUACCUUGUGGUAUUUACUGUAUUAGUUGGUCAAUAUAUAUUUCUACUACC